AUGGUUCGUCUCCUAGUAUCACCGCGAUACGGCGGUCAGUCGACGCCAAUCAUCGCCGGCGCGGCCUUCGUCACCCUCUGCGUCGUCUACCUUCUCCGAUUCCACGGCGCGAUAACACCUUUCACAUCAGCCAACUUCAGCUUCCGCACCUCAAAAACGUCCGGUCUCAACCUCGACGCCAUCAACGCGACGGCACAAUAUUUCGUCGACUACCCCCUCGGCCCGCCAUACAAGAAAGUGUUUGGAGAGCUGGGUGAGCGCACAAAGGUGCUGCGCUCGUGGAUCGAGGCGCUCGAGGAGAAGGAGGGCGGCCGCACCGACGGCCUGCGGGUUGUGGGGGCCGAGAGACAGUUUCUCGACGCCCAGGUCGAGCGAGUCGCCGCAUCCCUGUUCCCUUAUUUGCAGUCUCCGCCGAGGGACAUCCACAGCCAGACGCCUCUGGCCGAUCUCAGGCGAAGGUUUAUGGGGGGCGCUGCCGCUGAUCGUGCGUCCCCGCGGGUCCCGUCACAGCAAUUGGGCGCCGCCGGGUCCGGCAAAGAGAAGCCGGAGUACGUGCCGAGAAAUGCCGGUAUCGUCAUUCCGACGGGACACGGCACGCUGCGAUUUGCGUGUCAUUUGGUUGCGUCCUUGACGCGCGUUUUGCAGACUACGCUGCCCAUUCAGAUUGUUUACGCCGGCGAAGAGGAUUUAUCUGAGGAGGACCGCGACACGCUUGUGCAAGCUGCCGAGGGCGAUGGCGGACGCAUUGAAUUUUUGGACAUUUUGACUGUCUUCAACGACACGACAUUGAAGUUGGCCGAGGGAGGAUGGGCGAUUAAGCCGUUUGCCGCACUCGGCAGCCGAUUCGAGGAAGUUAUUCUCCUGGAUGCGGAUGUCGUCUUCCUGCAGAAACCCGAGCAGCUCUUCCAACAGCGCAAUUACCAAGAAAAGGGUGCGCUUCUCUUCCAUGACCGACUGCUCUGGAAAGAUCAGUUCCCCGAGAGACACGAAUGGUUCCACGAUAUGAUCAAACACCCAAGCGAGGAGCUGCAAAAGUCGCUCGUGUGGACGGAAAAGUACGCCGAGGAAGGCGACUCUGGCAUCGUGGUGCUCAACAAGGGCCGUCUGAACGUGCUCAUGGGCUUACUACACACGGCGUGGCAGAACACGCACGCCGUGCGCAACUCGUGGACGUACAGGAUCACGUACGGCGACAAGGAGACGUACUGGAUCGGCCUCGAGGCCACGGGCUCGACGUACAGCUUCUCGCGACACUAUGGCGGUAUGGUCGGCUGGCGGAAGCCGUUUAGCGGAGUGCAGACCGAGAUGACGCAGGUGUGCAGCUUCGUGAUUGCGCACGUGGACGAGGUGGAUAACUUGUUGUGGUAUAACGGCGGGCUCUUGAAGAACAAGAUGGACGACCCGAACGAGUUUGCGGUGCCGACACACUGGAUGAUUGACCAGCAAUGGGUUAAGGGGGCAAGGAAGAAGGAUAUGAGCUGCAUGGUUGGUAUGAACGCGAGAGAGCUCAGCGGAUCGGAGACCAGCGUAUUGAAGAGGAGCAUUGAGGCAGCGAAGGAUGUUGAUGAUAGACUUGAAUUGGUAUAG